CUCCCGCUAGCAACUUCGUGUCCUUGUGAAUAGCCGGCAGGGACUUGCACCUGAUUUGUUCUCCUUGACCACUGUACCCACUAAAUAGACCAAGAUAAUUACAGAGCAAGAUCCUUACAGGGGACACAAAAAAGGAUGAGCUUUCUGAACAAGCACUGACACCAAACAUUUUGACAGUGAAGAAAAUCCAGUGGUUCUGUUUCCCGUGACAACUGGGAUUUGGCCAUAAACCAGAAGACGCAUGGUGAAUGCAGCUGCAAACCAUUUAGCCAUAUUUCUUGGGACGUUGCUGUGCUUUCAAUGGCUGAGCUGAAGAUCCCUCUUAUUUGCCGGGUGCCAAGAGCUAUGAACAAACAGGGCAAUAGAAGGACGACAAAAGAUGGAUCCAGUGAUUUGAAAUUCCAGAACUUUACUCUGCCGAAAAAUAGGUCGUGGCCGCGAAUCAACAGUGCCACAGGCCAGUACCGGACUAUUAAUGAGCCUCUUCUGGAUUACGAAAGGAACUUUGCCACAGCCUUGGAUGAAGCAAAAGGCCACAGGGAUGAUGACUAUGAGAACCCCGAGCUUCCUGUGGACGAGGCAUGGCAAUCCAUGAAAAUUUUGCCAGCCAGGCCAAUUAAGGAAUCAGAAUAUGCAGAUACACGCUAUUUCAAGGGUCUGAUGGACAGUCCCCUUUCUGCAGAUGCCAGCACCUCUGUCCCCAUGCAGCGCCAAACCAGGGGCACAUGGACGAGACUGGAGGAAGUGGACAAACCCAUUUCCGAGGACAUCAGAAGCCAGCAUGUUAAAGGAGACAAACCCCCAAAGGGAAACAAGACCCCUCCGCCACCUCCUCGGCCGCCCAUCACUCUCCCAAAGAAGUACCAGCCCUUGCCCCCCAAGCCGGAGAGCAGCCACUCACCCUGCCCUCAGAGGGACAGCUUCCCCGGAGUCCAGAGAGGGCCCAGACAGAUAAGCUUAAAGGACUUAAAUGAGGUCCUUGGAACAGAGAAAGUUCCUCAUUACCAGAUGAAGCCAGAAUCACCUCGCCUGUCACAAAAUCAAGGAAGUCAAGAGAUUCCCCUUGCCGCUGCCAGUUCUUCGCUCAUGAUGAGGAACCACAGUGUGCAAAACAGAGAUCAUAAAGAAAGCAUGCAGUUCCAUCCUCCACAGAGAAGCCAGUCUCCAGCCAGCUACAGCCCUCGGGAAAAUUCGCUACACUAUAAAAACACAAGCUGGAGAAAACCUUUUCCCACAAGGUCUGAUGAGAAGGAUGUCCAGCACAACGAAUGGUACAUCGGAGAAUACAGUCGCCAGGCUGUAGAAAAGGCAUUAAUGAAGGAGAACAAGGACGGCACUUUCUUGGUUCGGGACUGUUCCGCUAAAUCCAAGGCAGAACCCUACGUUUUGGUCGUGUUUUAUGGGAACAAAGUUUACAACGUGAAAAUCCGCUUUCUGGAGAAGAAUCAGCAGUUUGCCCUGGGGACAGGACUCAGAGGAGAUGAGAAGUUCAAUUCAGUAGAAGACAUCAUUGAACACUACAAGUAUUUUCCCAUCAUACUGGUUGACGGGAAAGAUAAAACUGGAAUCCACAAGGAGCAAUGCUUCCUGACUCGGCCACCCCCUUUCAGCAGACACCUCUCACCUUGGUAGCCUGGGCUUGGUUUUGUCUUCAGUUCAGUGCAUCCAGUGCUCCCAUCAUUAUUCAUUUAUUUCAAAAGGUUUUCUGUGGCUUUAAGGGAUUACUUUGCCUUAUAGUAAA